AUGGCUUCUGCAGGCAGGAGGACACAUUACGAACCGCCCUGGGGCAACGCCAGCAUCAUUGGCGUGGCUGGUAGUUCGGGAUCAGGCAAAACAUCUUUGGCAAUGGCUAUAGUGGCCUCUCUCAACUUGCCGUGGGUUGUCAUCUUGUCUAUGGACUCGUUCUACAAACCCCUGACACCCGAGCAAUCUGCCGCGGCAUUCCGGAACGAGUUCGAUUUUGAUUCCCCGGACGCUAUAGACUUCGACAUUCUAGUCGACCGCUUGAAAGACAUCAAGAGCGGCAAAGUUGCUGAAGUGCCUAUUUACUCGUUCCAAAAGCACGCUCGUCUUCCCAAGACAACUACAAUCUAUUCUCCGCAUGUUUUGAUUCUAGAAGGCAUAUUCGCCCUGCAUGACCCCCGCGUACUUGACCUUCUGGAUCUCAAAAUCUUCGCAGAGGCCGAUGCAGACCUAUGCCUCUCCAGACGUCUUGUGCGGGACGUCAAAGAACGAGGUCGCGAUAUCGAAGGCUGCAUCAAGCAGUGGUUUGGCUUUGUUAAGCCAAACUUCUACAAAUACGUUGCUCCACAGCGAGAGAUAGCCGAUCUCAUCAUCCCGAGAGGCAUAGAGAACAAGGUUGCGAUUACUAUGGUGAGCAACCAGGUUCGACAGACGCUGAGAAGUAAAAGUAUGCAGCACCAGACGGAGCUGAGACGUCUGGGUAAGAUUGCGGAAGAUAGCCCUUUGAGCGAGAAUGCGAUUGUGCUCAAGCAGACGAAUCAGGUCAAAGGAAUGCAUACGCUGCUCCUGAAUCCGACCACGUCGAGGGAAGACUUUCUGUUCUACUUUGACCGCAUGGUAGCUCUGCUGAUCGAGACUGCGGCGGACUUUUUACCAUUUGCGCCGCGCCAGGUCACAACGCCACAGGGUACGACAUACCAGGGGCUAAAAAAGGACGCAGAAGUCAGUGCUGUCGUGGUUUUGCGUGGUGGAAGUGCAUUCGAGACAGGCCUACGAAGAACAAUCCCAGAUUGCCGGACGGGCAGAGUUCUGAUCCAAACCAACUACAGGACUGGUGAGCCAGAGCUACAUUUUCGGGCUCUCCCAACGAACAUUGCUGAGCAUGGACUGGUCUUGGUUUUGGAUCCCCAGUUUUCCACCGGUGCAGCAGCGCUGAUGGCAGUCAGAGUGCUUGUCGAUCACGGCGUUCCUGAAAACAAGAUAGUUUUCGUGACGUAUACUGCAGGUCGGGUGGGUGUAAAUAGGGUGUUGAGUGCGUUUCCAGACAUCAAAAUAGUGAUUGCGAGGCUAGGAAACGACGAGGAGGCACGGUGGGUGGAGACCAAGUAUCUUGGGUGCUGAGGCAGGAUCGCGGUGUCGUUUUGAAUGUGUAUAGCGGCAAGCUUGGUCACAUUGUGCUUAUAAUUUUACAUGGUCAUAUGUUGAGCUAGAAUGUAAACAGCUAACAUCUAUGUCUCAA